GGGCAAAAUAAAGUGAGCUGAGGGAACAGAGAAAAAGAAAGCAUGGCUUCUUAAGGAGAAAUCUUAAUCAGAACUUCAACCGUUUGGAAGAAGAAAGUCACCUGAGGAUUUAGUUCUUCUAGUAUUCACAGUUUUUUUUAAACAAUUUUGUCUUUGUCUCUUGGGUACAUGAGAGUAUGAGUGCUCCUUUUUAAAAUUUGAAGUUUUAAAAAAAUAUUGUUUAAACAAGUGUCGAUUAUCAGCUAGAACUACUGCCAUAAUAUUUAACUCCGCAGCUGAUACCUUUUGAGAUUUUCCUCCACUUUUUGUCAUGUACUUUUCAAGCUCUCUGUGAAGUUUAGGAAAUGCGUAGCGUAGCAUGUGCAAGUGCUCGGUAGCUAGUGGUAGUAAGUGGAAAUUUUAUAUAUUUUGUAAAUUGUCCAUACAGUUUUGUCAUGUCCCGGAAGUAACAAAUCAAACGCUGUAGUUGAAAAAUAAAGCGAUUUCCAUGGAAUGUCUAUUAAGUGUCCUCAAGAAAAUGUAACCGUUAUAUAAUGUGUGCUUGGCAUCUGCCCUGGUCUGUCUCUCAUAUUCGUCUGUGUUAUAAAUAGUUGACCCUGUUAUUAGUAGUAGGCCUAAUAGUACAAGCAGUUUGAUAUUGCAGUUGCGUCACUAAUGUUGCAGUAGUAUCUAGCUUCUGAAAAAAAAAAGUAAUAAAAAACUCAUAUAAAAUAUCAUAUCAAGGGUCUCUGAAAUAUUUAAUUCUGGUCGGUCAGGGUGUGGUCAGACAUCACUGAACAAUAAAUGUUGUCCACAGCAUUCCCCUUCGUGUCUUGGCAGACACUUUCGCGCUCUUUUUUUUUUUUAUUUGACCACAAGUUGGAGUAGAUCAUUGGCGCCGUCUCGCGAUUCAAAGCGAUAUUACAACUACAAAUGCUUGAUAAAAUGUCAUUGGAAGAUUUUCAAAAAGGAAAAACGAUAAAAUAUAGGUCUGAAGAACAAAAAACUGAAGAGUUACAUUAGAAAACACGUAAAUUAUAUUAUAUUACGGGCAUGUGGCCUGCGCUAUUUAAAUAAGGUAUCUGCUAGUCAACAAGAGAGAAAAAAUAGAAUGCAAAUUAUUAUAAUGAUAAUACAUAUUAUAAACUCUUGUAUAUAUAAACUAUGUAGUCGCGAAAUAAGUGCAGAGUGACACAUAAAGUGCAGAUAGACCAUAAACUAUCCAUAUGUCGACGUCGAAUUUGAUAAAAAAUGUUUUUGUUUUUUUUAAUGCGUACAAAUACUUAACAUCCCGAGGCUCGAGCUUUCUGAAGUUGUCCACCUUCCACUUCCCGUCCUGCUCCAUCAGACCCCAGUCCUGUUGCUGCAUGGGUGGGGUUCUCUGUCGCAUGCGUCCACUGGGGAGGUGUUUGGCUCGGGAUCCCCACCGCAUUGGCCAGGGUGAAUUUUAUCCACCCAGCGCCGCGUCCAGGAGCUUCCCCCGCCGGGAACACCGACACACCGGCGCCGCUAGGGGGAGCAAGCGCGUAACUUCCGAGGCGCAGCAUCGACGCAGUGCUCCGCGGCGGACUCUCUUCAUUCACGGUGCUGAAUAUCAGCUUAGAGCAAGAUUAAGGAAACCCUGUCUCGUUAAAAUACCGAAGAAAUGGCAGCUUCAACAGAGUCAUACAUGUACAUGGACCAGAGUGCCUUUCACUACGAUUACGAGACGCUGAGGACCACUGGUGUCAUCCUGGCUGUGGUUAUGUUUGUAACUGGGAUUCUUAUUGCUUUGAAUCCAGUCCAGUGGAAGGCCUUCAGCCACCAAAGACAGAAGUUCCACCUCAGACAGUGUGAAGCACUCGGUGCGACAGGGCGGCCCAUUUCGGCGAGAGGAAAUGCUCAGGCGCACAAAGUUACUUACAGGAAUGUGGAGGAGAGUCGAACCUGCUUGACCUCUUUUUGUAACCUCAGCUUAAAUGCUGAUCUGUUGCUGUAUUUUUAGGUCUCUCGGUAGCACACAUGCUCUUUUGUGUUCUUUUGUGGCGCGAAUGACACCAUUCACGACGCAUUUCACCUGACAACUCACCUGCAUGAAGAAUAUUUUUAACGUUGUUACUAUUGUUAUAUGAGGCUUAGAUCUAAAAAGUAUUCACAGAGCGAUCAGGAAUAAUGAUUAGAGAACUAGGAGACUGAUUGGAUUACAGUGAAGACCUCACGUUUCAGAUUGAAAUCCUUUAGACUGAAAUGGAGUAUUUCACACAUUUACAAUUUAAUAAACAAAACAUUGUUUGAAUAAACAUAAAUUAGCUCUCCAGCAUGAAAGUACUGUACAUGCAAUGCUGUUUUUAACAAAAUGUAAGACAAAUUUCUAAUUGUUUUAGUCCUGUAGUAUUUUUUUUAUUAUUAUUUUAAAACGUUGGUAUAUCUGUAAUACUUUUAAAAGUGUUUCCCAAUUAUUUUGUCACAGAAAGUAGAAAUGUAACUUAAUUUCAUGAACAGAUUUGACGACAGUCAUAACAAGAUAAACUGAAAUUCACGUUUUUUUCUGUUUACGAAUCAGUCAUUUGGAUCAGUACAGUCAGACAUCACAAGAGAGCUCAGAAAAUGUAGGAGUCAUGCCUUAAGAACUAACGGUUCAGUCAAAUAAAAACUAACUAGUUCGUAACUAGUUUACUAAGCCAACUUUACAUCUCAGUUUAAGUCAAACCUCACGAGCGGCUGAUGCAAGUCUUCCUUGCAUUUUUACAUGAUCUUAUGUCCCUUGCAACAGCAUGAAUAUUGAACUACUGUAUCCCUAUAAACAAAGCACUUUAGAAAGUAAUGCUUUAAUCCCCAAACCAAGUGUCACUAAAAAGCAUACUACUGAAUGGCAACUGAAUGUAUUUAUGCCUCAUUUAUUAAUAUGAAAGCAUCCAUAUAUAUUUCAUAGAAUAAUGAGCCACUGCACAUCUGUUUGAUCAGCAUGGAGGAAUGCUUAAUUCAUUUCUUUCAUUAUACUGAAGAAUGUUUUUAUUCUUUUUCUGCAUUGAAGUAAUUGACCGAGUACGAUUAAACAUCCACAGCAGUCACAAUGAAGAGUUCAAUAUGGUUACUACAACAAAAAGGUGUUUUUAUUAAUCAUCCAAAUGUUAGUCAUGUAACAAAGACAUUUGGCCCAAUAAAAGAUCCUGAGUUACA